AAUCAGCCCAGGAGCAAAGCAAACACCACAGCCUUAUCUUGGGGCCGUGAGGCAGCUAUAAGGAGGGAGGCCACAGGAGGCUUGAAUCCUUUCAGUCACCAACUUGACGCCAAGAUGAAACUCCUUGUGCUGGCUGUUCUGCUUACAGUGGGCGCUGGUGAGAACGGCAUCAGCCCGCGGGCAGUGUGGCAGUUCCGUAGCAUGAUCCAGUGCACGAUCCCCAACAGCAAACCCUAUUUGGAAUUCAAUGACUACGGCUGCUACUGUGGCCUGGGUGGAUCUGGCACUCCUGUGGACGAACUGGACGCGUGCUGCCAGGUACACGACAACUGCUACACUCAGGCCAAGGAACUGAGCAGCUGUAGAUUCCUGGUGGACAACCCCUACACUGAAAGCUACAAAUUCUCAUGCUCUGGCACUGAGGUCACCUGCAGCGACAAAAACAACGCCUGUGAGGCCUUUAUCUGUAACUGUGACCGAAAUGCUGCCAUCUGCUUUUCAAAGGCCCCAUACAACCCGGAGAACAAGAACCUGGACAGCAAGAGGUGUAAAGCCUAAGCAUCACCCCUGGAAACAGUCAUCCCUACCUGCCUCAUGGCCUUCACCCCACCCUGCGCCCUCCAAUAAAGCAUCUUGUUGAAAGGCCUCAUA